GCAUUCUUCAUCCUCUUCACAAGGAAACAGACAUGAAUGCAAGAUAGCGAGCGAGAGAGAGAGAGAGAGAGAGAGAGAGAGUUGUGGUUCUCUGAGUUCCCUCACAAUUGAAGAUGGAUUACCGAAAAAUCAAAGGCGAGGAAGAUAGCAUGAGUGCAUCUCAAGAUGAUAUAGAGAGUCUUCAGGAGAAGCAUAAUCCUAAUUCAGAUGCUCAUUUGCCUAGGUCUGUGCCCAGCCUGGGCAAGAGAUCUGAUUGGAGACUGAAAUCAUUUGUCACUCUUGCGUUGACAAUACUAACUAGUUCUCAGGCGAUACUGAUUGUGUGGUCCAAAAGGGCAGGAAAGUAUGAUUACAGUGUGACCACUGCAAAUUUUUCGGUGGAAGCUUUAAAAUGUGCAUUUUCGCUUGCUGCUCUUGUCAGAAUCUGGAAAAAAGAUGGUGUCACAGAAGAUAACAAGUUAAGUAUGUCUUUUGAUGAAGUAAAUGUUUAUCCUAUCCCUGCAGCACUCUACCUGAUUAAAAACUUACUUCAGUAUUACAUCUUUGCCUAUGUGGAUGCUCCUGCUUAUCAAAUUUUGAAGAACCUAAAUAUUAUCAGCACUGGUGUCUUGUACCGAAUCAUUCUAAAGAAGAAGUUAAGUGAAAUCCAGUGGGCAGCUUUCAUCCUUUUAUGUGCAGGGUGCACCACAGCUCAACUAAACCCUUCGUCUGAUCAUGUUCUUCAAACACCUUUUCCUGGUUGGAUGAUGGCCAUUGUCAUGGCACUUCUAAGUGGCUUUGCUGGGGUUUACACAGAGGCUAUUAUAAAAAAAAGACCUUCGAGGAAUAUUAAUGUGCAAAACUUCUGGUUGUAUGUCUUUGGGAUGAUUUUCAAUCUAAUUGCAAUAUGUGUUCAGGAUUAUGAUGCUGUCAUGAACAAGGGAUUCUUUCAUGGGUAUUCAUUUAUCACAGUUUGUAUGGUUUUCAAUCAUGCACUCAGUGGGAUAGCUGUAUCGAUGGUCAUGAAAUAUGCUGAUAAUAUUGUGAAGGUGUAUUCAACUUCAGUGGCAAUGCUACUUACUGCUGUUGUAUCAGUGUUUCUCUUCAGCUUCCAUUUAUCACUCGCCUUUUUCCUCGGCUCAACGAUCGUCUCUGUUUCUAUUUAUCUUCAUUCCAUUGGAAAGCCUCAAAGAUGAUUCUAUGGAAGCACAAUUCAAAAGCAAAGUUCUUGGGCAUUCUAUUUAGAAGCAAAAUCAUAUCAUCCCAAUGAAUUCAUUUGUUCAAUGAUGAUGAAAAUUUUACACAAGAUUUCAUGGAUUGAUGGAGUUUGGAGCUCUAGUCUCAUUUGAUUUCAAGAAUGAGUUUAUUGUUUUUUAUUUGAUUCAAAAAAUGUAUAUGGCUUUUACUUUGUUCUUUUCAUACUUUUGCAGUAUUUUGCACUUUUUGUAACCUUUUUAGAGUGGAAAAUCAAGAAUAUGUAUGGGCAGUUAGAGAUUAUCAA